AUGGAUAAAUAUUUGAUCAAAAAAGACAAAUUGCUUGAUGGUUCCGACACUACUACGAUUGACACUGGUAUCAAAACAACAGCGGGCAACACAACGGAUGCAGUACCAAGAUGCUCUGAAAAGACAGGAGUACCAGGUGACAUUGGAAAAGAAGACGUUCCAAAGCAACCGAGAAUAAAAUUUCCAGCGAAGUCUGGGCGCCAUUUUAGUAACAGCUGGGGAUUUCUACAAAGGUUACGAAGUAUAGAGGGCCAAUCAGAUGUUCAGUUACAAACGAUCAAAAAAAGUAAUCACUUGAGACAGUCACAUACUUGCACAGGCAAAUCAGAAUGCAGGAUACACCAACACAGUAAUUUCGCUCAAGAUUUAGAUUUUUCAACUUUAAACACAACAUUUAUGUUUAAAUGA